GGUGUCAUUGAGUACAAAAAUAACAAACAAGAAUAGACAUACUCUAAUUGUUAAUUUUUUGCUAGAAAAUGGAAAAGGAAACUCAAGUCUUUGCUUAAGUUGAGAAAUAGUUGAAAACAAGAAAAGACUGAAUUUUAGAAAUAUCAAAGAAAAAUAAAAGUAACUUGAGGAAGGCAAUGUGAAAAUUAUCUAUUUACAAAGAAACAUUUUGUGUAAAAUUAAAGUGUGUUGUAGGAUUUACAAGAUUUUUAUAAGCCUGUGUGAUUUCCGGAUAAUUAACAUAUUCAAGCGAUUUUAUAAUCUUUAAAAGUAACAAUGGGGAUGUAAAGAUUAUGGAUUGGAAUGGAAUAUCCUAUGCAAAAUUUCGAUGUAGAUGAAGAAACUGAUUUCUUGUUAGGUCACCCAAGUCAUGGGAAUUUGGAUAUGGAUGUUCAUACUGCAAAAAAUAAUAGAAAUCCUGUAAGAAAGAGAAGUUUAGGAAGGACAAUAUGCAGCUGUUGGUGUUCUAUAUUCAGAAGAUGUUGCAAGCCGAAAGAAUUAAGAUCGAGAAAUAUAAAUUUAGGAAAAUUAAGUUCAGGGCAAUAUCCAGCGAACGCCAUACGAAAUCAAAAAUACAAUAUCAUAACAUUUUUGCCUAUGGUGCUGUUUCAACAAUUUAAGUUUUUCUUAAAUUUAUACUUUCUAAUCAUGGCUACAAGUCAGUUUGUACCAGAUAUUAAAAUUGGUUAUCUCUAUACAUAUUGGGGACCAUUGUGUUUUGUUCUAUUGGUUACAAUAUGUCGUGAAGCUAUUGAUGAUCUUAGAAGGCAUAAAAGGGAUCAGGAAGUAAAUAACCAAAAAUGUAAGAGGUUGCUUAAGGAUAAGAAUAAACCAUUUGAAAUAGUAGCAGCUCAUAAGCUAAGGGUUGGCGAUUUAAUCAUAGUGGAUAAAGAUGAGAGAGUGCCAGCUGAUUUAGUUCUGUUGAGAACAUCUGAAAAUAGUGGAACUGUGUUUGUAAGAACUGAUCAGUUAGAUGGCGAGACAGAUUGGAAAUUGAGACUUGCUGUUCCUGCUACUCAGAAAUUAGAUAAUGAUAGCCAGCUUUUUGAAAUUAAUGCUAAUAUUUAUGCUGAAAAGCCGCAAAAAGAUAUUCACUCAUUUAUUGGAACGUUUACUAGAUUGGAUUCAGUAAACAGUGAUGAAAGUUUAGACUUAGAAAAUACGUUAUGGACAAAUUGUGUGAUUGCAUCGGGUCAGGCUACAGGUGUAGUGAUUUAUACAGGACCAGAAACCAGAUCAGUUAUGAAUAACUCUCAGCCAAGGUCUAAAGUAGGUCUUUUGGAUCUUGAAGUAAAUACUAUCACAAAAUUACUAUUUUUUGCUGUAUUUGGUCUGGCCCUUAUUAUGAUAGCUUUAAAAGGAUUCAGUGGUCCCUGGUACCGAUAUCUAUUUAGAUUCAUUUUGUUAUUUUCCUACAUCAUUCCUAUAAGUUUGCGAGUUAACUUGGAUAUUGGUAAAUCAUUUUAUUCAUGGUCUAUUGGAAAAGAUCCGGCUAUGUCAGGUACUGCUGUUCGAUGUACUACUAUUCCUGAAGAAUUAGGAAGGAUCUCAUACCUUCUUUCUGACAAAACCGGGACAUUAACACAAAAUUCUAUGGUUCUUAAGAGAUUACAUUUGGGUUCUGGAUGUUAUGCUGGUGACAGUUUUGAAGAAGUAUCUUAUAUUUUAAAAGCAGCAUAUUCUAACAAUGGAGAUAUUACUACAGAAGACAAACGCGCUCCAACCAAGUUUAGAAGGUCAGAAACAACUAGAGUUAAAGAUGCUACACAGGCACUUGCGCUGUGUCAUAAUGUUACACCAGUUUACGAAGCAAAUGAUAGAGGUUCAAUUGCAUCAGAAACUGAGGCUGACCAGCAUCUUCAAGCUUCAGCAGUGGAAGUAACUUAUCAAGCUUCAAGUCCUGAUGAAGUUGCCCUAGUCCACUGGACCCAAGAAGUAGGUCUAACAUUAUUUCACCGAGAUUUGAAUUCAAUGCAGUUAAAAGCUCCUGACGGAAGGUUACUAAAUUAUGCUAUUUUACAAAUAUUCCCUUUUACUAGUGAAACUAAAAGAAUGGGUAUUAUAGUGAAAGAUUUAAGUUCAGGUGAAAUAACAUUUUACUUAAAAGGAGCAGACGUUGUAAUGUCUGGAAUCGUCCAAUAUACAGAUUGGUUAGAGGAAGAAGUAGGAAACAUGGCUAGGGAUGGUUUACGUACAUUAGUUGUUGCCAAGAAAUCUCUGACAGAGGAGCAGUAUGUGGAUUUUGAAGCUAGAUAUAAUGCAGCCAAAUUAUCGACUGUUGAUAGAGUUUCGAGGGUAGCUCAGGUAGUGGAAUCUCUUGAAAGAGAAAUGGAACUUUUAUGUAUUACAGGAGUAGAAGAUAAAUUACAGGAUAAUGUCAGGACAACCUUGGAAGUACUGAGGAAUGCUGGUAUCAAAAUAUGGAUGCUCACUGGUGAUAAAUUGGAAACUGCAACUUGUAUAGCAAAAAGUUCAAGAUUGGUUUCUCGAACACAAGGUUUACAUGUCUUUAAAAAGGUUGUAACACGUACAGACGCUCAUUUAGAACUGAAUGCCUACAGAAAGAAACAGGAUUGUGCUUUGGUAAUAAGUGGUGAAAGCUUAGAAGUUUGCUUGUCAUAUUAUCAGCAAGAAUUUAUGGAACUGGCUACUGCUGCUCCAGCUGUAGUAUGUUGCAGAUGCUCUCCUACACAGAAAGCCCAAGUGGUCCAGUUGAUACAGCAACAUACUGGCAAACGCACGGCUGCAGUUGGCGACGGAGGCAACGACGUUAGCAUGAUUCAGCAAGCAGAUGCCGGUAUCGGUAUCGAGGGUCGAGAGGGAAAACAGGCCAGUUUGGCUGGCGAUUUUAGUAUUCCUCAGUUUUCCCACUUGGCCAGGCUACUGUUGGUCCACGGUCGCCGCUCCUACAAACGCUCGGCCUCACUUUCCCAAUUCGUUAUCCACAGAGGCCUAAUCAUAUCCACGAUGCAGGCGGUGUUUAGCAGCGUGUUUUAUCUCAGCUCCGUGCCCUUGUAUCAAGGAUUUCUCAUGGUCGGCUACGCCACUGUUUAUACGAUGUUUCCGGUAUUUAGUUUGGUGUUGGAUCAAGAUGUUAGCCCUGAAAUUGCACUAACUUAUCCUGAACUGUAUAAGGAACUAGCUAAAGGAAGAAGUCUUUCUUAUAAAACUUUCUUUAUAUGGGUUCUUGUGUCUAUUUAUCAAGGUGGUGUAAUAAUGUAUGGAGCUCUGCUACUAUUUGAAGAUGAAUUUAUUCACAUUGUAGCAAUUAGUUUUACAUCACUUAUUUUGACUGAGCUAAUAAUGGUGGCUUUAAACAUAAGAACAUGGCACUGGCUUAUGAUAUUAGCUGAAUUAUUCUCACUGGCUCUAUAUGGAUUAUCUCUUAUUGUACUCCAUGACUACUUUGAUGCGGAAUUUAUUAAAACGUUGGACUUUUUGUGGAAGGUAACGGCAAUAACACUAAUUUCAUGCUUGCCACUUUACAUCCUUAAAUUCUUGAGGAAAAAGUUCUCUCCUCCCAGUUACACUAAGUUAUCAUAAUUUUUAAUGUGAUAUUUGUGACUCAAAUUUUCAUAUGACAAAAUAUGUCAGAUAUUUUUUGAUUAAUUCUAAUUUUUAAAUAAUAUAUGAUAAGAAUCAAUUAAUAUCCGUGAUAAAUCUGAUAAAAGAAAAACCAAAAUAAUAUAUGAUUUAUUAUCAAAUAUAUUUAUGUUUAAUUUUGAUUUAUGUUAAUAAUAUGAUAUUGCUUUUUAUUUCACUUAUGAAUACUAGUUUAACAUAAAUAGUUUAAAUUUGCAAGGUAACAGAUAGUCAAUGAAAGUUUAAGCAUUUUAUUUUAUUAUUAUCUGUAGUAUUUAUAAUAUUAGAUGUUAAUAUAUUUUAAUAACUACACUUCCAUCUGUUGUUGAUUAUACAUUUUAUUAAUUUAUUAGAAAAAGCAUGUAAAAUACGAAAAUAUAUAUUAAUAAAUUAA